UUCAAAGGUCCUCAUCACCACUAACACUCCCCCAAAAAUCCCUUCACAGAGCAAUUAUCGUGUCGUAUCUUUUGCUUCCCAUAACACCACCACCACAUCAGUUCCAUCAUUAUCGAGCGAUUUUUUCCUUCUGGAUGACUUCGCUCAGUCGAUUCCCCUUAAUUUUAGCGCGUUAAUCGGAUGUUGUGUUCUUGAAAUAGGCCCGAUGCUCCGAGAAGAGCUUCUUCGGUCUAAAAAAGAUGAGAUCGCACGUUGUUUGUUGUCGCGGAAGCGCAAAUUGAGCGAGCUCUACUUUGCGACCGUAGGCUACGCGGGCGCGACCGAGAGCCCGCUGGCUGACUCUCUCUAUCAGGAGAAAGAACAGGCGUUUCUGGACGCCAACGACAUUUCAAAAGGUCGCUACUUCAACGAAGCCACCCUUCCGUCUCUACCUAACUAUGCAGCCAUUCCAUCGCGAGAGGUUAAAGAAGCGCCAUCGGCGAGGUCUGUAGGGCCUCUUCCGGCUACUCACAAUGCUAUCCCAAUCAGCCCGCCAUCAGGAGGAGAAAAUGCUACGCCGCAAGCUGAUGAGGGCGUCGAAGCGAGAAAUGUCACGGUCCCCCAAAUUCUCGAAAAGAAACAGUUUCGACCCAUAAUUGAACAAACGCCCAUCGAGCUUACACCUCAAGUCUUACCUACCUCCUUUCCCGAAGGAUCGAAAGGAUUCCAUGUAUCAACUUCCUCGGCCCCAGAAACACCUGCAAGAAGCCAAUAUUCUGAGAAUGUUGCUAUCUCCCCAAGUCAGGCAAAACUGUCUUCCGCAGUCCCGCCUCCGCGACUUGACGUCCCCCCCCCGAAAACUAAGCAAGAUGCGCGCGCGUCCAUUAUCUCAGGGCGCCCUGCCCAACGAGGCGAGCAACCUCUAUCGCCUGUCUCGUCCGCUGGCCUUCAGUCAAAUAGCACGCCCCUUCCCAUGACUGCGUCCCCUGCUACUAGCCCUGCAGAAGACAUGAUCAAACCUGCUGAGAAGCUUGCCGAGAAUGACGCUACUGUCUCUAGACCCUCUAGCUUUGUUCCAUCUACACCAGAUGAACAACUUCGCUUUGAAGAGGCCCAGUCACUGCAACAGAAUGCCCGCGUGGCGAACCAGAUCAAAGAUGGAGCUGCAACUACCUCUUCCACAAUCCAGAUCAUUCGGGAAGACAUUCCUUCAACUUCAGUUACGACAGACCUACAGAAGGAUAUUUUGGAAUCAGCACCGAAAGGAGUGUCACCCGAGUCAAAGAAACUCACCCUGGUACCUGGAACCAUCAUAAGAGAGCCUCAAACGGAUCAAGAGAUUAAUGUAGAGGAAGCCCCGCUACUUGUCCCACCAGUGAAGAAACCAAGUCCUCCGACUACUCAAGGCCCACCCCUCACGGAGAGGAUGACGACUAGAGUGUCUUCCGGUGCAAUUCGACACAAAUCUGUGUCCGAGAUACUAGGUGAAGCUCCGAAGCCAGCUUUGUCUCAGUCUGACAAGACUCAUACGAGUACGAAACCUACAGAGAUAGGACGAACUGCGACAGAUACCUCGGCCGAUUCUGCAUCUAGGAUGCGAAUUAAGGAUAGAAAGGCACGUGAGAAGGAAAGAAGCAAGCUUUCAACCGUGGUUUUCCCGAAGCAGCAACACCAGCAAGACAAAGAAAACCCUAUGGAUCUUGUUCGCCAACACUCUGGUGAACUUAUUCGGUUGAACGAAGAACAGGACUAUCUCUUUACGUUAUUCCAGAAUAAGGCAUACGCCCCUCCUCGUGGCACGUCUCUGAGCACCCUGCUUGCUUCCGCGCACAAGACUUUGACUACCAAGAACCACCUCCUCGACUAUCAAGAACAAAUGGACUGCCGUAUUCUCCGGCGAAUCUAUGACCUUCAAAAUGCAAAUAGAUGGCCCUUGCGUCAGCUUAAGCGAUCUGCCGAGCCACCCCGGCAAGGAGCGCACUGGGACAUUCUUCUGGAUCAUAUGAAGUGGAUGCGCACUGAUUUUCGAGAGGAACGCAAGUGGAAGCUUGCGGCGGCAAAAACCUGUGCGGAUUGGUGUGCUGAAUAUGUCCAUAGUGAUCCCGAUUACCAAGCAUUGCUUCGUGUGCAGACAAAAAUACCUCGUUGGAAGUCUCAAGAGAAGGAUCAAUCGCAGUCUAGCAUGAUGGCUUCUCCUCCAGAUGAGACAGCAGAUGAGGCCCUGGGGAUUUCUCACCCCACACCAGAUCUAGUCCCCUCGACAGAAGAUGACUCUGUUAGUGAGGGUUUCAACGAUGACCUAAGACAUGAUAUGCGUGACACCAUCGCACCGGCCGCAAUUUUCUCCCUCGGAUCUGAUGAAUUUACCUUUUCCUUGGAUAUGACCCCGGCAGCUCAGAAGCUUCUAGACGAAUUACCGAUCUACGCCCCCAUCAAGAUUUCGCCGAAUACAAAUCUCCCUACUUUUAAGGAAUCCCCUGAUGCAUCAUGGAAGACUGAGAUCCUUCCGGUUUCAAAAUAUGCCCAAGGGAAGAUAGUUUUUCAUGACGAUGAGCCUCCGAGAAAACGUAGCCGCUACGAUUAUUCACAAUACAAAUCCUACUCUGAGCAUAACUAUUUAGAGCUGCCCCCAGAACAGACCAAUGUUGCGCUCUUCCAACCCGAGAAUAGGCACAUACGUGAUCGCAUCCAUCCCGCCCAACCUUUCAGACCUCCAACCGAAUAUCCUAUGCCUUCGCUUGGUUUCCUCGAAUCAAGACAAUCUUCUCAGUGGACGUACGCAGAGGACGAGGAGCUUCGUAGUCUCGUCGAAGAGUAUUCCUACAACUGGUCGCUGAUCUCAAGCUGCCUUACGCCCUCAUCUCAAUUCACCUCUGGCGCGGAAAGACGAACGCCUUGGGAGUGUUUUGAGCGUUGGGCAGGUAUUGAAGGGUUACCUUCCGACAUGUCAAAAACACCGUAUUUCCGGGCUUAUCACCAAAGGAUUGAUACUGCACAACGUAAUGUGAUGGCGCAACAAGCCGCAGCUCAACAGCAACAGCAGCAGCAACAGCAACAGGGCAACAACAACAAUGGCAGCAGCAGCAGCAGCAAUGGCCAACAAGCUGUACCGAUCAUUCGUCGAAGAGGAACGCAGCCUAUUCGGGUUGAUCGCAGAAGGUCUUCCAAGCAUUUAGCACUACUCGAUGCCAUGAGGAAGCUGGCGAAGAAGCGCGAAACUAUGAUUCAAAAACAGCAACAUGCUUCUCAACUAGCAUCAUUGAGGAAGGUUAACGAAGCCAACCAACCCAAACCUCCUAUUUCGUCACCCGCGGAAUUUAGUCGUCUCAAGCAUGAGCGCGAACUGAAACUUCAAGAGAGGCAAGAACAGUACCGCCAACAGAUGAUGGCCCAACAAAGGGCAAAUAUGGCGGCUCGCGCUGGCCAGCUUCCUAACCAACAGGCAAUGAUGAAUGCUCCCAGCAGAACUCCUAACGGCAUGCCCCACAACCCUGCCGCUCCUCCAAUGGGUGGCAAUCCCCCAAAUGGCGUGCCUAAUGGACUCCCCAAUGGAAUUCCAAACGGAAUACCGAAUGGGAUGCCUCAAAACGUUGGAGUUCAACAAGGACGACCUCAUGUUCAGGGUAUGCAAGCUAGUGGUGGACCUGUCAAUAGUCAGAUGCCGCCUAAUCCUAUGGCGAUAAAGAUGGUGCCACAGUCUGGGAUGCAACAGAACAGUGGUCCUCGACCCGGAAUACCAGUGCAGGCGUCGCCAGAUAAUGCACGAGUGAUCAGGGAGGCUAAUCGCCUUCAAGAGCAACAACGGAUUCUCCAAUCCAGACAGCAGCAGCAGCAUGCACAACAGCAACAGCAAGCACCACAGGCCCAGCAGCAGCAAUUGCCCCCUCAGCAGGCUCAGUCCCAACCGGCCCAGCAACAAUUCCAUGCGCAGCCUCAGUUUGUCGCGCCUGGGUCCAAUUCCCCCAACCUUAAUAUGCCCGCUGUCAAUGGUACCCCGAACAAUGCCGCAAUGAUGGCCGCACUGCAAGCGGGAGGCGGAAUGCAGAGUCCAUCCUUCCACAAUGCUACACCGCAGGGCGUUUCUACUCCCUCACCCCGCAUGACCCAACCAAACUUAUUAUCAGGUGGAGUGGUUCCGACGAUUAGCAGCAUUCAGAACCAAAUCCAGCGUAGCAAUCCCAAUAUGCCAAUCGAACAGGUGAAUAAGCUGGCGACGGACCGACUUCAUCAGUAUCAGCAACAGCGCAUGUCCCAGGUCGCCAUGAACGCUGCGGCGGGUAACCUAGGUAAUCCCCAUGCUAAUUACCAGGUCGCGCAUGACGGGAAUUUCCAAGCACCUCAAACUGCCAUGAAUGGUGGUAUAGGCAUCCAGGUCCCGCAGACCCAAGGAUAUUCUCCGAUGAUGCGUGUUCCUCAACCCACUCCACAGAACCGUGUCCCUGUCACAAGCUCACCUGCCAUGAAUGGCGCUGUUCCUCAGCAAAGUCGAAGCGCAACCCCGCAGACCCAGCGCAGUGCCAGCGUCCAAAAUGGCCCAGUGCCGGGUCCCAACAAGAGUCCUAAUCCCCCACAAGCCCAACCCGCAGGCACCUAGGUGUUCUGGGUUGGCAUAACUCUCUAGUAUUUUCUUCUGUUUUUGCAGAGGAUACCCUUGUUCUUCAUUUGUACAUAUUGACCUUAGCACCUUUACUCCCGUUUUCAUUCCCGAAAUCCCCCCCUUGGCAUACAUGACUAUGGUGUGUGUAUUUCAACCCUUCACUAAGUCUUAUACCUCGAAUACCCUCGGCCCCUCGGCCACUCUUCUCAACGCCGUUACCCUUUCCAUAUUUGCGAUCACAACCUUAUUAAUGUCGUGCCGUCACCGCACUCUCAGUUUUGACCCGAAAUACUACGAUGUAUAGGCAUCAACUAGUGUUUUAUUUUCGGGACUUGCCUUGUUUUCCUCUUCUUUUUUUUUAUGUAACACGUGUACCGAUAGGGUAGGCGCAGAAGCUUAGGGAUGUAUCAUGAAGGCUACUUGGAG